UUGGAUGUUAAAAUCAAUAUUUUCAGAAGAAUAAAAUCUGAUCAAGAUGAUGGGUCCAGGCCCUAUUAUGGUGUUGAGUCAGAAUACUAAGCGGGAUUCAGGAAAGAAAGUACAGAUGGGAAACAUCAACGCUGGCAAAGCUAUCGGAGAUGUUGUCCGAACCUGCCUCGGUCCUCGGGCCAUGUUGAAGAUGUUGAUGGACCCCAUGGGUGGUAUUGUCAUGACCAACGACGGUAAUGCAAUCCUAAGAGAAAUCACCGUGGAGCACCCGGCCGCGAAGACCAUGAUUGAGAUUGCUAGAACACAGGACGAGGAGGUUGGAGAUGGAACAACUUCUGUUAUUGUUCUUGCUGCCGAGGUUCUAGGAGUGUCUCAGCAGUUUCUGGAGGAGAAAAUGCAUCCUACAGUUAUUAUUCAGGCUUACAGACAAGCUCUAGAAGAUGCUACCAACCUCCUCAGAGAGAAAGUUGCAACCCCCAUUGAUAUGGAGAACAAAGCUGAGGUUAGGAAGGUUGUCCAGUCUUGCGUUGGAACCAAGUUCAUCGCCAAGUGGAGUGAUCUUGCCUGCGACAUUGCCAUGGAAGCUGUGAAAACUGUCUCCAUGGACAUGUCCGGGAAAAAGGAGAUUGAUAUCAAGCGGUAUGCUAAGGUCGAAAAGAUUCCUGGAGGAUCCAUUGAAGACUCCCAGGUCCUCAGGGGAGUUAUGUUUAACAAGGAUGUUACUCAUCCUAAGAUGAAAAGGAGGAUUGAAAAACCAAGAAUUCUUCUCCUUGAUUGUAAUCUUGAGUAUAAGAAAGGAGAAUCCCAAACUAACAUCGAGAUCAUGAAGGAGGACGACUUCAGCAAGGUUCUCCAGCAGGAGGAGGCCUACAUCAAGAAGAUGUGUGAUGAUAUCCUCGCCUUUAAACCCGACCUUGUUAUCACAGAAAAAGGAGUUUCCGAUCUUGCUCAACAUUUCUUCAACAAGGCCGGGAUUACAGCUAUCCGUCGUCUCAGGAAGAGUGAUAACCUCAGGGUUGCCAGAGCCUGUGGCGCAACCAUUGUCAACAGAACAGAUGAAAUCUCUGAGGACAAUAUUGGAACCGGAGCUGGACUCUUCGAGGUCAGGAAGAUCGGAGACGAAUAUUUUACAUUUAUUGAGGAAUGUGAAGACCCCAAGGCUUGUACUAUUCUACUCCGUGGAGCAAGCAAGGAUAUCCUGAACGAGGUAGAAAGGAAUCUGCAGGAUGCUCUUAAUGUUGCCAGGAAUCUGUGGAUGGAACCUGCCUUGGUUCCCGGUGGUGGAGCUACCGAGAUGGAAAUUGCCUAUCUUCUUACACAAAUGGCUAAAUCAUUGAACGGCGUGAUCCAGUGGCCUUACAAGGCAAUUGCCUCCGCACUUGAGGUGAUUCCCCGCACCAUUGCCCAGAACUGUGGAGCCAACACCAUUCGAUCUCUUACAGCACUCCGAGCCAAGCAUGCUCUGGAUGCGGAGAAGAACGUAAACUGGGGAAUCAACGGUGAGACCGGAGCUUUGGCUGAUAUGAGCGAGCUCGGUAUCUGGGAACCUCUCUCCGUCAAACUCCAGGUGUACAAGACCGCCGUCGAAACCGCUAUCCUUCUCCUAAGGAUUGAUGAUAUCGUCUCCGGAAGUAAGAAGAGGGGAGAGCAGGGACCUGCCGUAGACCACGGAGCAGGCCCUGACCCAAGCAUGAUGUCUAUGGGAGAAUAAAUUCUGCACCAAUUGUGAUGUAACGAUCUUGUCUUACUCAAUAACUCACUAAUAUGUUUAUAUACACAAGUAUUGAUUCACGCUAAGUCCUUUUGAUCCUGAUAAUUCUUUUCAGA